UGGAGAGAGAGAGAGAGUCCACAGCAGUGCGUAGUGAGUACCCGCCAAGGCCUAGUGCGAACGCGGGAAGCCAUUGCCAAAUUCUUCAUUUUCCUAUUUAUUAAUUUUCAUUUUUCAUUGUCCCGCCUCUCCCUCUCUCUUCUUCCCUCUCUCUCUCACUUCACUUCACGCUUCAUUCUUCCCUCGUCUCGUCGGCGCUGUACAUUCAGGUAUGGCGAAGAAGACUGGAAGCCAAUUAAUGGAUCCAUCUAAUGAUCUCAACAAGUCGGAAACUAAAAACGUGAAAGUUCUAGUCAAAUCGAAGCAGAAGAGAGGUAGGUCGGAGAAUGGUGAUAAGGUUGCUGGUGUUAGGAAAAUGCCGAAGCGGGCUGCUGCCUGCUCAGAUUUUAAGGUCAAAACCACUCAAUUACCAGAGAAAUCUUCUGUGAUUGAACGCAAGAGGGAGGUGACGGUGGAAGAUGAGAUAGCUGCGGUUGGCUUGACAACGUCGGGGCAGGAUGAUUCUAGACCAAAUAGGAGACUAACUGAAUUUACAUUUCAUGAUGACGAUGGGAAGCCUCAGGCUGUUGAAAUGUUAGAAGUAAACGAUUUGUUCAUUUCAGGUAUUAUAUUGCCUUUUGAGGAGACCCCUGAUAAAGAGAAGAAUAAGGGUGUUAGAUGUGAAGGGUUUGGGCGGAUCGAGUCUUGGACGAUAUCUGGUUAUGAGGAUGGCUCACCAACUAUUUGGAUCUCCACCGAUGUUGCUGAUUAUGAUUGUGUUAAGCCUGCAGGUGGAUACAAAAAACUAUAUAAUAUCUUCUAUGAAAAAGCCAAUGCCUGUGUGGAGGUCUACAAGAAAUUGGCAAAGACUUCUGGUGGAAAUCCAAAUUUGACCCUGGAUGAAUUGCUUGCUGGUGUAGUUCGCUCCUUGAGUAGUAGUCGGAACUUUCCUUCCGGGAUGUCGGUCAAAGAUUUUAUUAUCUUACAGGGGGAAUUUGUAUACAAUCAACUUAUUGGGUUAGAUGGUACAUCCAAGAAAAAUGACCAGGUUUUCACAGACUUGCCUGUACUUUGUGCCCUUAGGGAAGAGAGCAGAAAACAAGGGAACUUGCUGCCAAAUGCAGGCACAUUUGAUGGGUUCACUAAUGUCGGCUUGAAGAUUAAAGAUGGAGAAGAACGUAGUCCUCCCAAUAUAACUGCAUCUGGAGCUGAAGACGACGAGGAUUUGAAAUUGGCUAAGUUGCUGCAAGAAGAGGAGUAUUGGCGAUCUGUGAAGCCAAGAAAAAGCCAGCGUUCUAAUACUUCAUCUAAUAAGUUCUACAUCAAAAUCAAUGAGGAUGAAAUUGCAAAUGACUAUCCUCUACCAGCCUACUACAAAACUACGAAAGAUGAAAUGGACGAAUUUGUUAUCUUCGGCGGUGAUAUGGAUAUAUGUGAUCCCGAUGAUCUUCCUCGAAGCAUGCUUCAUAACUGGUCCCUUUAUAACUCUGAUUCCCGGCUUAUUUCCUUAGAACUCCUUCCCAUGAAACCUUGCGACGACAUUGAUGUGACAAUAUAUGGAUCAGGAAUCAUGACUGCUGAUGAUGGAAGUGGAUUCUAUCUUGAUGCUGAUUCUAGUCAGUCCUCGUGUUCGGCUCAAAUGCCGAACACUGAUGGGAUUCCAAUUUAUUUGAGUGCAAUAAAGGAGUGGAUGAUUGAAUUUGGAUCUUCAAUGGUGUUCAUAUCAAUUCGCACCGACAUGGCCUGGUAUCGCUUGGGAAAGCCAUCCAAGCUGUAUGAUCCAUGGUAUCAAACAGUAUUAAGAACUGCAAGGCUUGCUAUAAGCAUUAUUACCUUACUGAAGGAGCAGAGCCGUGCCUCAAAGCUUUCUUUUGCAGAUAUUAUCAAAAGAAUCUCAGAAUUUGUUAAGAGCAAUCCUGCUUAUAUCUCUUCCAUCCCAUCAGUUGUUGAGAGAUACGUGGUGGUACAUGGACAGAUAAUACUACAAACCUUUUCUGAAUAUCCAGAUGAUGUGAUCCGGAAGUGUGCCUUUGUGACUGGGCUUAGUGAUAAAAUGGAGGAAAGACAUCAUACCAAGUGGUUGGUAAAGAAGAAGGCUGUACUAAAGAAGGAAGCAAAUCUGAAUCCAAGAGCUUCAAUGGGACCUGUAGCAUCAAGAAAGGCCAUGCCUGCUACUACAACUAGAUUGAUAAACAGAAUAUGGGGAGAAUUUUACUCAAAUUAUUCCCCAGAAGACAUGAAAGAGGCAGAUAGUAAGGAAAUAAGAGAAGAUGAACUGGAAGAAGAGGAGGAAGUCGAAGACGAGGAGUCUGAAGAGGUUGAAGAAGAAGGUGGUCAAGUGGAUAAGAAGACUGAGGAAUCAAAACCUGUUGUAAAACCUGUGAAGGUGAAGCUUUCUGAGGGAAUAAUUAAAUGGGAUGGUGAGGUAGUGGGCAAAACAUGUCAAGGCUAUCCUCUUUACAAACAAGCCAUCAUUCAUGGAGAUUUGGUUGCUGUAGGUGGUUUUGUAUCUGUGGAAACAGAUAAUGUACAUGACUUGCCUGCCUUAUAUCUUGUGGAGUAUAUGUAUGAAAAAUCUGAAUCAAGGAAAAUGGUUCAUGGAAGACUGGCAGUUAGAGGAAUCGAGACUGUUCUAGGCAAUGCUGCUAAGGAGAGAGAGGUAUUUCUUACAAAUGAUUGCCUGGAAUUUGAGUUGAAUGAAAUUAGAGAAACGGUGGUUGUAGAGACUUGCAGCAUGCCUUGGGGAUAUCAGCACCGUAAGGCCAAUGCCAAUAAGGUUAAGGCUGAUGAGGAAAGAGCAGAGGAGAGGAAGCGUAGAGGACUGCCAAUGGAGUUUUAUUGUAAAGGCUUAUAUUGGCCAGAAAAAGGUGCUUUCUUUUGUCUUCCAAAAGAGAGCAUGGGCCUGGGAACUGGAGAUUGCCAUUCUUGUAAACUAAAUGAAACCCAAAGAGAGGACACCAUAAAGCUGAAUUCUUCUUUGACCAGCUUCACAUACAGGGGAACUGACUAUUCUGUUAAUGAUUAUGUUUACUUAGCUCCUCAUCAUUUUGGAACUGAUGAAAGAGGCACUGAAACAUUCAAGAGUGGGAGAAAUGUUGGCCUCCAAGCUUAUGUUGUUUGUCAUUUGCUGGGAAUCGAAUCACCUAAGGGUUCAAAACAACCUAGUCCAGGAUCAACCAUGGUCAAAGUAAGAAGAUUUUUUAGACCAGAGGACAUUUCAGUAGAAAAGGCGUACUGCUCAGAUGUAAGAGAACUGUACUACAGUGAUGAAAUAUCAAUGAUGCCUGUUACUGCUAUAGAAGGAAAGUGUGAAGUAAGAAAAAAGCAGGAUAUCCAAAUUUCAAACUGCCCUGCUAUCUUCGAUCAUAUCUUCUUUUGCGAACAUCUCUAUGAUCCAGAGAAGGGAGCAAUCAAGAAGUUGCCAGCUAAUGUCAAACUAAGUUCCUCUUCUGAAAGGCGAGUUAGUGAUGCUGCACAAAGAAAGAAAAAAGGGAAGUGUAAAGAAGGAGAAAUUUUACCUGAGGAAAAUGACAACCAAAAAGAAAUGUCAUUUCAGAACCGUUUGGCUACUCUGGAUAUAUUUGCUGGAUGUGGUGGCUUAUCUGAGGGUCUGCAGCAAGCAGGUGCUUCAACUACUAAAUGGGCCAUUGAAUACGAAGAACCUGCUGGUGAGGCAUUUAGUUUCAAUCAUCCAGAGGCAUUGACAUUUGUCAAUAACUGCAAUGUGAUCCUAAGGGCUGUCAUGACAGCAUGUGGUGAUGUAGAUGAUUGUAUAUCCACGUCUGAAGCCAUUGAGUUAGCAGAGAAACUUGAUGAAAAGAAGAUCAAUAAUCUGCCUCGUCCUGGACAAGUUGAAUUCAUUAAUGGAGGACCUCCUUGUCAGGGCUUUUCUGGAAUGAAUCGUUUUAACCAGAGCACUUGGAGUAAGGUCCAAUGUGAGAUGAUUUUGGCAUUCUUAUCUUUCGCUGAUUACUUUCGUCCAAAGUAUUUUCUUCUGGAGAACGUGAGGAAUUUUGUCUCAUUCAAUAAAGGACAAACAUUUCGCCUUACCUUAGCUUCACUUCUUGAGAUGGGAUAUCAGGUAAGGUUUGGUAUUUUGGAAGCUGGAGCAUAUGGAAUUUCUCAAUCUAGGAAACGUGCGUUCAUAUGGGCAGCAUCUCCUGACGAAAUUCUGCCAGACUGGCCAGAACCAAUGCAUGUCUUCGGUGGCCCGGAACUGAAGAUUACACUGUCGGGUAAUGCUCAGUAUGCUGCUGUUCCUAGUACGGCGGGAGGUGCCCCUUUUCGUCCAAUUACUGUCAGGGAUACAAUUGGAGAUCUUCCAGCCGUUGGAAAUGGAGCUUCUGUGACAACAAUGGAGUACAAGAGCGAGCCGAUAUCUUGGUUCCAAAAGAAAAUUCGAGGAGAUAUCCUUGUCUUAAAUGAUCAUAUAUCAAAAGAAAUGAAUGAGCUAAAUCUUAUUAGAUGUCAAAGAAUUCCAAAACGCCCAGGUGCAGAUUGGCGCGAUCUACCUGAUGAGAAGGUUCGGUUGUCAAAUGGACAAAUGGCUGAUUUGAUACCCUGGUGCCUGCCAAACACAGCCAAGAGGCACAAUCAAUGGAAAGGCUUGUUUGGCCGGUUGGAUUGGGAAGGGAACUUUCCAACUUCAAUUACCGACCCGCAACCAAUGGGCAAGGUUGGGAUGUGCUUCCACCCCGAGCAGGAUAGGAUACUCACAGUCCGUGAAUGUGCUCGAUCUCAAGGUUUCCCAGACAGCUACAAAUUUGCUGGUAAUAUUCAACACAAACACAGGCAAAUUGGGAAUGCUGUUCCUCCUCCUUUGGCGUAUGCUUUGGGAAGGAAACUCAGGGAAGCAAUAGAGAUGAAAAGCUCUAAACCAGUGUUGAAUUGAAUGUCUGAUAGGUGAUUUUGUCAUGUAGUCGUAGCUUUAGGCUCUCAACAUCUUUACCGUACAUCGUUACCUCAGGUUUCUCCGGUUUUUAGGAUUACAACUGCGGAGAUUGGAACCUCCAGUAUUUUGGUUGAUAUACGGCUUAACCAAUUGAGUUAUGUUCAGGUUAACUCCCUCUCCGACAUGUUUGUUACAUACAAGAGAACAUUGUUUGACUCAAAUGUAUUCAUUGAUGUAUAGUAUGGUUAGUUUAUCAUUUGUUCCCUUA